AAUUGAAAUCAUAAAAUCGGUGCAUUUGUUGGUGCGAAAUGUUCAUCCCAAUCAAACGUUUUUCAAUGCUGUUAUUUUCCCUACUUCACGUCCAUCCCGCAGCCAAAAGAAGAGUACAAACCACCAAGAAGCCGUCGCGGUAUUCGCUGCAUAGCUACUUUUCUACCCGGCCAUGUCAGGAGGUUCAGAAUGGUCCAGUCGAAGAGUCCAGAGAGUUCACUCUGCACAACAUAUCUGCGGGAACGUCCUGCCCGCAGAGUCAAGCAAUCAAAGUCGAAGAGUCUGCGCAGUCCAUCAUCCAGGACAUCGUUGCCGGUACGCCAGACCUUCAGUUUCAGCCAAUCGGAACUGGGCCACCCUGCGAACCUCUUCUUCAUGUGCUGCAAGGCAGUCCAGCGCAAGUGCCGCAAGCCAUCUCACCACCGACAGCUCGAGCAGUGUGCAAUGCUUCGGUGUCAUCUGUUUCAAGAGUGCAAGAUCCUCAAAUACCCAAUGUUCUAGCUGUGCAAGAGAUCCCGCUACCGACUGUUCAGGCUGUGCAAAACAUUCCGGUGCUGCCGCGUCGGCUCCAGCGGAUCAGACCAGUGCCUCUACCUCAACUGCCGCUUGAGACGAUGGCAGAGUUCGAUCAGUGCGAGCUUGCUCUCGUGAACGAGCCCACCCGAGCGGCCAUGCUGGAGCUCAUGACAUCUCAAGGGGGCACAACGGUGCCAAACACGACGCGUAUCAUCAUGGAGAGGACGCUGAGGAAAUCUGUCCAGUGUCGGCUGUCCCUCAUGGGAAGGAGGCAUAACAAGCUGCCCUUCAAAGGCACCAGGAUCUGCACCAUCAUGUGUGAAGCCAUUCAUGUAAGGACGAAGGAGAACAUUGUGGAAAUAGAGCGCUACUUGGGACGGUACCUCGCCGGAGCCCCCGAUCGCGAAGGAGGCCGACGCCGGCGAUGGAAAAAUAAACUUUUUUCUGUCUAGACCCCUGUCGAUUGUGCGGGUCGCCCCAA